UGAACGUAAACAUUUCCGCAUCAGGGCGGGGCGCGUGCGCUUGGGAGGCUUUCUUCCAGUAAACUAUUUACGCUGCUGUCUGCGAUCCGAUAAAGUGAAACACACAUAAUCCCGAGCUGUCAGUUGAUUUAUCUGCAGUGUUUAUUGCUCUAACACAUGCGAUUAUGGGCAGCUGCUUGACUGUAGGACCGAAUGAAGCCCUCGUUGUAUCAGGUGGCUGUUGUGGGUCAGACCAGAAGACCUACGUGGUGGGUGGAUGGGCGUGGGCAUGGUGGUUCCUAUCAGACGCACAAGCACUUACACUUGAGAUUAUGACCUUACAACCCAAGUGUGAAAGUGUGGAGACGGCAGAAGGAGUGGCCAUUACAGUCACCGGAGUGGCUCAGGUGAAGGUUAUGACUGACUGCGACUUGCUGGCUAUUGCUUGUGAGCAGUUUUUGGGGAAGUCUGUUAUGGAAAUCAAGGCUGUGGUACUACAAACGCUGGAAGGGCAUUUACGCUCAAUUUUAGGCACUUUAACAGUUGAACAAAUCUACCAGGACAGAGACAAAUUUGCCCAGCUGGUGCGUGAGGUUGCAGCGCCUGACGUGGGUCGAAUGGGCAUCGAGAUCCUGAGCUUCACCAUCAAAGAUGUGUAUGAUAAGCUGGACUACCUGAGCUCACUGGGGAAAACGCAGACGGCUGCUGUGCAGAGGGACGCACACAUCGGUGUAGCUGAGGCAGAAAGAGAUGCUGGAAUUAGAGAAGCCGAGUGCAAGAGAGAAAUGAUGGAUGUCAAGUUCAUAGCCGAUACCAAAAUGGCCGACUCCAAGAGGGAGCUGGAGCUGCAGAAAGCGGCAUUUAACCAGGAAGUGAACACCAAGAAAGCAGAGUCUCAGCUGGCGUACGAGCUCCAGGCAGCGAAGGAGCAGCAGAAGAUCCGUCUGGAGGAGAUUGAGAUUGAAGUGGUGCAGAGGAAGAAGCAGAUUACCAUCGAGGAGAAGGAGAUCGACAGGACAGAGAAGGAGCUGAUCGCUACAGUCAAGCGUCCUGCCGAGGCUGAGGCUUACAAACUGCAGCAGUUGGCUGAGGGCCAGAAGAUAAAGAAGGUGUUGAUCGCACAUGCUGAGGCGGAGAAGAUUCGGAAGAUUGGAGAGGCGGAGGCCAAGUCUAUUGAGGCGGUGGGCAAAGCCGAGGCAGAGAAAAUGAGGCUGAAGGCAGAAGCCUACCAGCAGUAUGGAGACGCAGCCCAGACUGCUCUGGUCUUAGAGGCACUGCCAAAGAUUGCCGGCAAAGUGGCUGCACCUCUGGCCAAAACCAGUGAGAUUGUGAUUCUAAGCGGCGAAGGCAGCAAAAUGACAGGGGAGGUGAAUCGCCUACUGGCUGAGCUGCCUGUGACCGUCAAUGCACUUACAGGAGUGGAUCUGUCCAAGAUCCCUCUGCUGCAGAAGAUGACCAAUGCUCAAGCCUGAGAUGUGAUCAGAUUAGAUCCCUCUUCCUCUCAAUAUGUUUUAUGCACUCACUAUGAAUGCCUUUGGAACACUAAAAGUUAAAAUAGUGAAGUUCAGAAAUGAUUUUUGAUACCUCUGGUGCCUUAAUGUUUUAUAGGACCAGAACAUUUGCAUGUACUGCUGCUCCUCAUUUCCUGUUCAUGUUUAUAUGUUGUUGUUAUUUAUUUGUGAUUGAUUGGUACAUACUGAAAGAUACAGACGUACAGAUUUUUCAUUGUACCAUUGUAUUUUAUAUGCAUGUGAACCCAUUUCAUCAGUUACAGUUUUUUUUUAUAGGACAUUUUUUUAAUUAUAUUUUUAGCUGCCUGUAGAGCAGCUGCUGAUGUUACAGACCUUACACUAUUCAGGAAAUGCUAAAAUUGCCACUUGCAUUAAAGUCUACAGAGUACUAUUUUAAGGCAGUGAAUUCUCUGGUCUUACAGAUAACUUCUGUUGUGCUUGUAGAUGCAAUCAACCAAGUGCUACUUCUUCUUCUCUCUUUCAGCCUAUAUUGUUAGCUGAAUAAUUAUCUGGAUACGAACUCACAAGUCAAACUCAGAUAUUCCUGCAUGGAAUAUUAUCUUUUGCUAAUGUUUAAAAUUGUUCGACUGACUCUGUGUUUCGUUAGUCAAUGACAUUUUAACUGUGAUGUGUUUAAGGAUUAAUGCACUGUUUUGGAAAACACAGCCAGUGUUGUGAGUUUAUUUUUUCGCUUUAGAAGGCAAAUGGAAAGGGGCAUGAUGUGUUAUGGAGCUGGAGGUUUUCUUUAUAAUGAAAUGCAGCGAUCAGGGAUGGUGAAGGAUUGCAGAGUCUAAUGUCACUGGUCUGAUUCUAGUUACAAGUCCCAGGAUGCCCAUCUGUCAAUCUGAUAAAUAUGUGACCUAUCAGAAUUUGUUAAUGCUACUAUAUUUACAUUAGGCACAGCAAAUUGUUUUUAGUCUCAAAUACAGUAUACAUUCCAAAUAAAGCGCUGAGCAGUUGAGGGAAAAGGACCUCUCUGGUAGCGCUGCUGUUUGAACCGACAACCUUCCCUGUUACCACUGCAGAACCUUAUCCACAGAGCUGCCACUGUAAAUGUAUUUGUGAAUUUAUUUUUGUCACAUUAUAUGUAUAGUCAUAAAAGUUUCUACAUGGUAUAUGUGAUCUGUCACUGUGAAAGUUAUGUCCUUUUUUUCUUUUAGAAUUUGUUAAUGUGUGUUGUGCCACGCUCAGUUGUGCUGUGAGUGGAAGUAAGUUAUAUCCUUGUUGUAUUAUUUUUCUUAUAAACUAAUGUUGACUACAGACAAUGAAGCCAAGAAAUCAGUCAUUUGUUCUUAGGUGAUUCAUUUAUGAGACUGAAAACCAAAACCACACACACACACAGACACAGUACACAUUAGUGGCAAUCAUUUUGCUUUAUUGACAGAACAUUUGCUUAAACAAGUUCAUACAAAAGAGCAAGGGAAAAAAAAGUCAGCAUUUAAAUUAAAGUAAAGGUUUUCUGCAAUCAGACUACAUCUGUUUCAGGGUUGAUUUAUGUUAAUACUGCAUUUAUACUGAGCUUUGGUCUCUACUUAAAAGUCAGGACUGUUAAAGCCAUAGCAUUAUGAACCCAUACAUCAUUUUAGAUGAUAUGUCAUUUGUAUGGCAUUUUCCUCUGAAAUGUAUUAUGCUUUCGAAACUAGGAAGUUUAUUCAAAGUUAAAACACAAAAUGUCAAAAUGUUUUGUGUCAUAUAUUAGACCUUAUCCUAAAAUGUACCAACAUUUUUCCUAACGUUUAACUGUGCAUGGAUCUUUUGCAUGUGUGUUCAAAUAAAAUAAAUGUUAAGUGCUCAGA